ACCGUACCCUCGCUCGCACCUUCUUCCCAGUCGCCCAGAACCGCCUCCUGCCAUCCCAUCCUACCGUAGCUGGGCCAGGUGAACCCAAAACCCUAACCAGGCGAAACCCCGCCCUAACUCGCCGCCGGAGAAGACGACGAACUGCCUGCCUACCUCGAUCAAGCAGAUCUCAAGAAUAUCGACAUUGGUUAUUAGAAAGGGAAGGGAAUUAGCUUGACGGGCUCGGCAAUCGAAUCGAGAUGAGCCGCCGGUUUGUGAAUCUGAUGGUGGAUAGGAUUAUUAGCCACCGCGCUGCCUCCACUCUGCACCUCAUCAACCCCUGGAGGUGCUUCUAUCCAACAACAACACAGGCAUCUGCUGCUGCAAAUAACAAGACAAUAAUAACUGAGGACGCCCAUCUGCCUCGCGCCGCCAUAUCCUUCUACGAACCGUGCUCGCAGGACGUACUCUGCGACAUCCGCUUCAUGUCCCUCGGCCGCAGCAGCAACGACAUCAUCUCCAUGGACCACGAAGGAAAUACUUUCCUCUAUGACGCUGCCGCCCGCGCCGUCCGUGUCUUGCCUAUGCCACAUGCGCCCAAGCUCUCUCCGGUUUCCCUCACCGUCGGCGACGGCCUCUACCUCCUCAACGGGGACCCUGGGCAGCAGGAAGAUCAUCCCUUCGAGGCCCUCAUCCACUGUGGCCCGAGUGCGAACCCCAUAGACGACCGCUCCGACGAGAAAUGGUACUGGCGCUCUCUCCCGCCGCCUCCCUGUGCCUUUGACUAUGAAGACGACAACGAAAGAUACCGCAGACGCGGCUAUGAGAUUGGCGCUUACACAGUGGUCGGCGAUUCGCAGAUAUGGAUCUCCACGGAGGGUGGCGGCACCUUCUCCAGGGCAGACUACGGUGCUCGCCUGCUCCGUUGCUCGGCGUACAGCGUGAUCGGCGCCGGCGGCGGCGAUCGAAAGACCCAGCUCGUUGCCUCGGUGAGUUGUGUGGGCUGGGCUGCGGGGGUUCUCAAAAUUAGAUGGGGCCCGGCCCACCCCGGCCCCCCUGUAGCUUCGCCCCUGACCUUCUCCUUCAACACCACAAGCGGCGUGUGGAGCAAGGCCGGCGAGUGGGCACUGCCGUUCAGUGGCCGUGUGGAGUACGCCCCCGAGCACGGGCUCUGGUUCGGAUUCUCGUCUCAAGGCAAGCAUUUCGCUGCCUGUGACCUUGGAGCCGUGUCCGCUACGAGGCCACCAGUGCUGCUGAAAAUGUGGGACGAACUAGCGCCACCACUGCCCAAGCGGUGGGUCAUGGUGUCGUCAUACCUCCUGCCUCUGGACGGAGGCAAGUUUUGCAUCCCUAGGAUCUUCGACAUGGCAGGGGAAGGCUGGUGCCGGGAGAAGAAUGGCAAUGACUUCAUGAGGGUGGAUGGCUUUGCAGUGUUCACAGGCGUGGAGGUUGAGCGUGGCAGCAGAGGGGCGCUCAGGAUGAUUAAGCACAUGUCCAGGCGUUACAGCUUCGGCUGCAGGAUGGCCCGAGUGGUGUGAACGAGUGAUAAACAAUAAUUCAUUUGGAAGUUUAAUUUGUUCUGAAAUAAGUACUCCCUCCCCCACCCAGUUAUAAUGUUUUACAUCCUUUUGAUCAGUAGGGGUGGGUAAGCAUUCGGUUCAUUAGGUUCUAGAUAGAUUGAGAGGCACCCUGCGCCUCUCUAGUUGAACUUGCAUCGAUGGGCAUUG